AUGCAAAGUAAAAAAAAAAAGGUGAUCAAAGUGAAUAAGCAUGCAGUUAAUACAACAACAAAAAAAGAAAUUAUUAAUAUAAGCUACGCAAUACUAACCUGCUUCGGGCAGAAGACUGGAGAGCUGGGACAGGCAGUAGCAGGUCAGCCGCGUGAGGAGGGCCGGAUGUUAUCACUGGCCUGA